AUGUCCCUGUCCCCUGAAGAGCUUUCAUCUUGUUUGUACACCAAUCUCACCGUCUCUCUCACCUUGACUGCCCCAUCCACCCCCGUCUCCCCAGGUCACAGGUUAAAGAUCCUGGCAUACCAAACGCACGCUCCACGGCUCAUUCAUGGCAGCACUGAGCCAGAUUCGUUCAGGUUCUGGCACUGGCAGGACAUACACAUGAUGGUCUACUAUUCGACACGGCACUCUGUCACAAUGCCACCCCCUGGGUACAUCUCGGCAGGCCACCUUCAUGGAAUUCCUGUACUAGGCUCUGUCAGAGGGAUGAAGUGGGAUGCUGACAUCCUCACACACAUGGAUGGAAACAUAACCCAGCAGCUAGCUUCCAAGCUAGCUACAAUCGCAGAGGCAGCGAGAUUUGAUGGAUGGGUGAUCAGCACUGCCAGCGACAUGAAGAGCAGCUUUGUACCAGCAGUCUGGAACUACCUGGAGGCUCUUGCCAGUGAGAUGCGUCGGACGUUGCCUGGUUCAAUUCUCCUAUGGUACGACUCAUUGGACACGAACGGGAAAUCAGUGGCGCAUAGUGAAAUAAGGGAUGAGAACGCUCCGUUCUUUAAACUUGCCGACGGCAUGAUACUUUCGACUCAAUGGACAGUGGAGAAGCUGGCCACAUCUGGAAAAGCUGCAGGAGGAGGAAAGGACAAAGUUUAUGCGGGCAUUGACCUGUAUGCCCGAGACACGUGGUAUCCUGGCGGCCAUCACUUAGGAGAGGUGCUGCAGCUCAUCAAGAAACAUGGACUUUCGGCAGCAAUAUUUUUUGCUAGUUGGGCCUUUGAAGCACAUGGCAGAAAAGCUUUCACUUACCAUAUGUACAGGUUGUCAGCACAAAAGGAUGGCACAACCUACAUCAACAGCGACUUCAACCUAGAGACCAAGGUUAUGAGCUAUGUAAUGGAAGGUGUGAAGCCACCAUCUACCUGGAUGAAGCGUACCAUGGAGGAGGGUGUCUCCAUAUCACCUCAAGCGGCAAUGCAAAAAACUACUGGAGCAAUGGCCAAGCUAAAGCUGGUGCUAGCAGCUCUGCUGUUUCAUCAGCCUUCGCGACUGAAGCUGCGCAUCCUUUUUAAAGAUCGGAGUGCAUCGACAAGCCUUCCGCUGUGCGAAUCUCGGAAGCCAUGGUUUUGGCUCUUUGGUUUUGACCUGCCACUGUCCCCACUUGAAGUGCAGUACACCUUCAAAAACCUGAGUUUGUCAACCGAUGUGACAAAAUACGUCACUGUUGUUUUGAAAGCGACAAGUCCCAAUGGGGAAGCCGGAGAAUUUCACCUAGGUAUGAUAGCUGUGGCAGGAGACAGCUAUGAUGUGAAAAGAUUGGUGCCAAGGGCUGCUUCAUCCGAGCCUUCAUCUGAGCCCUGGGUCACGAGGCUCUACCAUGCUGACGAUAAAAGGGAGCAAGGAGCCACACUUGAGGAGAUUGGCAUUCUCGUGUUGCCAAGUAGGGGCGCCACCCAGAUUCUUCUAGGUGAACUCAUCAUCAAGCGGCCCGGAGAUGGCACUGAAGAGAAUUCAGUUGCUAGUGAUUUUUGGAAAGAUGUAUUCAAGCCUCAAGCCUUCAACAAAGAGACGGACAAGGCAGCUCUCUCUCGUGACAUACACUCGGCAAAAGUCCGUGAGCAGCAACACAGUUGCCCCAAGGAGUCGUAUGUUAAUUAA